GGUUGGGACAAAAAUCCUCCAUUAUCUGUGGUGCUUUGGGAACAGGGUGAUCUACCCCUGCACUAUAUUCAUAUUGGUUUAUAAACAAAUGUGAUAGACAUCCCUGUCAGAGUGGUUAAUUGUCCACUUCUGCUUCCUGGUGACUUUUUAUAACUUUUUCCCAAGACAAAGAUCUGACUUCAACUCUGGUCUUACUUUGCUUCAAUAAGGUAACGAUCAGGACCCUCCGCUAAGACCUUUUUCAGUUGAUUGUUACACAUUUGUAUAUCACAUCUUUCUAUUAAAAAUAAUGUUAUUUGAUGAAGUUAUCAAAUCUGGUCUCCUCGAUUCCUCAUGCAACCAUUUGUGUUUUAUGACAGGGCUUCUGAUAUUUGUGUUUUAUGACAGGGCUUCUGAUAUUUGUGUUUUAUGAUAGGGCUUCUGAUAUUUGUGUUUUAUGACAGGGCUUCUGAUAUUUGUGUUUUAUGAUAGGGCUUCUGAUAUUUGUGUUUUAUGAUAGGGCUUCUGAUAUUUGUGGAAUUAACCCUCCCCCUAUUUUUUUGUCAACAAGGAAUUUUCUUAUUGGUUUCUUGCCUUGCGUGCUCCUUGCCUUGCAUGAUCCCUGCUUUGGAGAGAUGGUCACGUUGACGAUGCCAAAGCGAUUCAGAUCUGGUGCAUAGCCAUUCUAUUAGCAGACGUUAAAUCUGGUAGUCUGUUGCUCGUUCCAGGCGCGCUGAAUGGACACUAAAAAGACCGUAAACACUUUCAACUAUUGAAGGAUGUCGGGGAUCACAGUGAAUUCGGAUUGUGGAGAAUGUUCACCCCCUUCGCAUGAGCCUUGCACCACGGAAUUACACCCAUACUCUAGCAUCGAUGACGAUGAUGAACUUCUGAAGUAUAUCUGGAGGGAAUAUUUGCAUCCUAAGCAAUAUGAAUGGGUUCUUAUUGUAGGAUACAUAAUUGUUUUUUUUGUUUCUCUCAUUGGAAACACACUAGUUUGUUUUGCAGUGUGGAAAAACCAUCACAUGCGCACAGUGACCAACUGUUUCAUUGUGAAUCUCUCCUUUGCUGAUGUCCUGGUCACCAUCACCUGUCUCCCGGCAAGUCUUGUGGUAGACAUUACAGAAACAUGGUUCUUUGGAAACACUCUUUGUAAAAUACUGCCUUACUUACAGACAAUCUCCGUAUCUGUGUCAGUCUUGACUCUGAGCUGCAUUGCUCUCGACCGCUGGUACGCAAUCUGCCACCCGCUGAUGUUCAAAAGCACGGCCAGGCGCGCCCGCAAGAGUAUCCUCCUCAUCUGGGGGGUUUCCUGUGUCAUCAUGAUCCCCCAGGCCAUCGUGAUGGAGUGCAGCAGCCUGCUCCCUGAGCUCACCAACAAAACCAGCCUUUUCACUGUGUGUGAAGAGCGCUGGGGAGCUGAUGUCUACCCCAAGGUGUAUCACACCUGUUUCUUCAUCGUCACAUACUUCGCUCCCCUCUGUCUGAUGGUUCUGGCAUACAUACAGAUAUGUCAUAAACUGUGGUGUCAACAGAUUCCUGGGACGUCAUCUGUGCUACAGAGGAAGCGGACGCCCCUCCAGGGUUCCACUUAUUCUCCAGGUCCUGGGGAGUCAGCCAGGGUCCGGACCAGCACAGUGUCCGCUGAGAUCAAACAGGUCCGGGCCCGCAGGAAGACAGCCCGCAUGCUGAUGGUGGUCCUCUUUGUCUUUGCCCUCUGCUACCUGCCCAUCAGCGUACUCAACAUCAUGAAAAGAGUGUUUGGGACGUUUAAGUACACAAACAGCAGAGAGACUGUAUACGCCUGGUUCACGUUCUCACAUUGGCUGAUAUAUGCCAACAGUGCUGCAAAUCCAAUCAUCUAUAACUUUUUAAGUGGGAAGUUUCGAGCGGAAUUCAAAGCAGCAUUUUCCUGUCGCUCUUUUGGCCGAUGUCAGAACCAAACAGAGGGCAUAAGGAGAAGAAUAAACACCGACAGCCGUAAAUCCUUGUCCACUCAAGUCAACAACAUGGACAAUGUCUCACGGAUAUCUGACCAUGUGGUUUAAUCCUAUACUGGGGCAUGCUGGGAGAUCUUAUAAUUGCACCAUGCCACCCAGGACACACUGGCAUUCACUGUCUCCAUGAUACAAAGGUCACGAAUAGAACACAUUGUAAACGUCAAGCUUUUAAUAACAGACAUCUUGAAUAGACCACAUACUCUGAAUGGACUGAAAGCACUCAAUAUCCACCAACCUGUGUGACAGCAAAUCCCUCCCCUGCUGGAACUUCUACCCAGGGGAAGAGAAGUGAUUUGAAUGAGUCGUGUCUGUUACAGAUGGAUAACCGUUCUAUUGGCUCCAGUCUUUGGUUCUCAUCCCACCAGAGGCAGGAAUUAGCACCCCAUGGUGUUGUACACCUCACCAGAAAGGACAGACUGAAGGAUGAAUCACAAUGCAAAGAUUAAACCCUAUCAACAUUUAUUAUCAAAGCUUCUUAAAUCUGAAGAUGGAUUACAAAAUAACAAUUUGUUUGUUAAUUAGCCACAAUAGUGUACUACGUGUGUAUUUGUGGUGAUGUUUACUUAUGUCUUAUGAUGACUACUUAUCAUAAUAAUAAUAAUAAUAAUUAUUGCUAUUAUUAAUAUUUGUAUUAUUGUUGUUGUUGAUGCUGUUGUUUGUUUAUUUAUUUAUUGUUAUUGUUAUUACCUUCCUAUUCUAUGUGUAAUAUCAGUUUAUAUGUUUACAGAUACGGUAUUGUACAUUAACAAUCCAGCCAAAGUUCGAAAAUCUCCACGGAUGAAUCCAUCUACAGAGGUUUUCAUGACAAGGUGGAAGGUUAAAUUCUCACAACCUUACAUCAUAAAGACGGCUUUGUUUCUAAUUCAUUGCUGGAUCAACCAACAAGCAAUCAGAAUGAAAUAACCCUACAAGACAUUGAAUUCUGAUUUUAAAAAAUGAACAACGUCUUAUUUGAUGUGAACCCUUGAAAAGCAGUUUCUACAAUCGCUUUUGUUUGUUUUGAUUUCUUCUCCAGUGUUUGUUGUGAUGAUUUCUUAUUGGUGUUUCUUAUUAUUUCAUGUACUUUUUAAAAAGUAUGUUAAGCAGUUUCCCCUAAAAAUGUAUCUGUUCAUGUAAGUGAUUGUUGUUUUUGAUCUGUUUGAAUGUAAACAUUUUAAACAUU